AGGGCGCUGCGGACGGUGAGUGUUGGAAACCCAAACCAGUAGAAAGUCAUCGGGAGCGAGAGGAGGGCUGCGCUCUCUCCAAAACAUUACGCACCGCCGGUAACGCACACGACGCGCGUCCGCCUUCUGUUUCCCCAGCCGGUCACCUACCGACGCACCUCUCGGUCCCCGAAGGAGCAGCCGCAGAAGUCCGCGCACACACCGACGAGCAGCCGCGGUCCCAGCCCGCCGUGCUUUGCAUGCUGUGAGCUUUUUUAACCGGGAGAGGAGGAGGAGGAGGACGGAAGUUGUUUUUUGGAGAGCUCCGGGCGCACCGGGACUGAAUGGUUGAGCCCAGCCCUCCAGCGCUGCAUCUCCACGCCGGUGAUGUCAGCAUGGUGGAUAUCGGUGUCAAAGUGGAGCAGGAGGAGUCUGGCGGUGGGGGCGGAGUCAUAACCAGUGCCGAGCCACUUAAAACACCUCCUUCCCACGACUGGUCAGGAAGUCAGCCGGUGGAGGCUCGACAGACGCCACCGGUCGCACGCUCCCCUUCGGAGGGCUCCCCAGGCAAGGAGCUGCCUCACAGGCAAAGCCCCAUGAGACUGGAGGCCAGGGCCCACGAGCGACCCGAGGGACAAUCCAACUUCAACGAAGUAAUGCCUACCAUUGAGAAGCUGUUGAAUACCGACUGGAGGGAGAAACUCCUGGAUAAAAGUGCAGUGGGUGCAGGACAACUGAAAGGUACCCCUGAGUCUCUGGCGGAGAAGGAGCUGCAGCUGCUGCUGAUGAUUAACCAGCUGAGCGGACUGAGGGAGCAGCUGCUGGGAGCUCACUCCGAGCAGAGGAACAUGGCUGCCCUGCUGCUGGAGAAGCAGCAGCAGCAGAUGGAGCUGGCUCGGCAGCAGCAGGAACAGAUCGCCAAGCAGCAGCAGCAGCUGAUCCAGCAGCAGCACAAGAUCAACCUGCUUCAGCAGCAGAUCCAGCAGGUUAACAUGCCCUACGUGAUGAUCCCGGCUUUCCACCCCAACACCCAGCCCCUCUCGGUCACCUCUGACCCCCAGAUGACCUUGCCGCUGCAGCCAAUCCCGUGCAAGCCAGCUGUGGAUUAUCCCAUGCAGCUGCUGCCAAACCCUCACUCCACCCCCGUCAAGAGGAGCAGCUCCUUCCGACAGGAAGCCAGUCAGCCCUUGAACCUGACCUCCAAGCCAAAGGGGCUGGAGCUGGGGAAGACGCCCAGCCCGCAGAGCCUGGAGCUGGGAUCGCUGGCGCUGCAGGGGGUCUACAGGCCCAGAGAGCUGCAGAAGGAGCUGUCCCACAGCCCGCCUCGAUCCGCACUCAGUUUCCUAGGAGACGGUGAUGUGGUCACCCAGGCCAUCCAUGACGCCCAGCAGCUCCUGAGGAGCCACGGCACCGGGGGGCGCGACCGGGAGAGGGAUAGGGAGAGAGAGAGAGACGGCACCGGAAAAGCAGAGUACAAAGACAUUCCUCGCAGUGAGAAGAUUUCUCACUGCGAGCGGGGUGAAGACGGACAGACGCUGCGGUCCACUGAGGACCAUCUCAGCAGCGACUCUGAGGGUACCCUGUCGAUGUCCGGGCCGGGGACCUACGCUGAGGCUCGGCCCCCUCCCUCCUCGGGCCACAUCAAGAGACCCAUGAAUGCCUUCAUGGUCUGGGCCAAGGAUGAGCGCCGGAGGAUCCUGCAGGCCUUCCCCGACAUGCACAACUCCUCCAUCAGCAAGAUACUGGGCUCCAGGUGGAAGGCCAUGUCUAACCAGGAGAAGCAGCCGUACUACGAGGAGCAGGCGAGGCUGAGCAGGCAGCAUCUGGAGCGCUACCCCGACUACAAGUACAAACCCCGGCCCAAGCGGACCUGCAUCGUGGAGGGGCGGAGGCUGAGGGUGGGCGAGUACAAGGCCAUGAUGAAAAGCCGCCGGCAAGAGCAGAGAGCGACGUACACUCACAGCCAAUCAGAGCCCCAGCAGAUUCACUAUGCCCCCAGCGACGGCCAGUACCCGGGCGGCGCCGGCUCCGUGUCCAUGGCUGCCAUGCCGUUUCACCCGGCGCUGCUGGAUUACCUGCCCCAAGUCCAGCCUCCCCCACGCCGACCCGAGAGCCGGGCCACGCCCACCUCCCUGCCCAGAGAGAGAGAGAGAGAGCGAGAGAGGGAGCGGCCUCCGUACAGCGAAGGGGAGGAAAGUGAUGGAGGAGAGAGGAGCGAAGGGGAACUGGUGCUCCUGACAGACUGAGGGGGGAGGAGGGGAGGAAAAGGGGGGUAUAAAUGAGGAAAAUGGAGGUGAUGGGGAUGAACAGAGGGUAGCAGAGGAGAAAGGGUGUGCUUCGCUGACUGACCAGAGAGAAAGGAGGGAAGAAGAAUGGAGGAGAGGGCGAGCGGACGCUGAAUGGGAAAUCUGUCUCUUGCGAGGCAAAAGUGAGGAGAUCUAGGGAUAGAAGAGUCGAACCCAUUCUCUUGUAAAUUAAUACAAUCCCCAAUCUAAACACACACACACACACACACACACACACACAUAUAGCACACACACACAGGCAAGCUCUUGUGUUACUCAUUUCCCCUCAGACAUUUCAUCAGCUGUUUUGUGUCAGAGAUAAUGCCGUGGGUUCAUUCUUUCAGAAAGCCCGACUUCCUGUUUUUCCCCGAAAACAUUUACUUUCGUCAAACGUCGCUUCGUGCUUGAGCGGCACCUUCUGCAAAGUUAUUAGUCCAGAAAACCCUCUGUGUCGUAGAAAACUUACAACUUACAGAAAGUAUAGGGGCGAGAGUGACUGACCACCUUCCCUCUGCUCAGAGAAACAGGCCAGCAGUGGAGAUCCAGGGUGCAAUCAGUGUGCCAGUGCUGCCCCCUGCUGUAAGGUGUGGCAACUACAUCAUGAGGUAGCCCAGUCUGCCUCUGUCUUGUCUUUUUUUUUUUUAACACAAAAUAUCUCACAAAAGUACCCAGGUUGGGUUUGGCAAGGGAUGGUAUUGGCAGUUCUGUAGCCAAAGGUCUGGAUUUUAUCCUUUAUUUAUUUUUAAUUAUAAUAAACAGCAAUAGUCCUGGAAAAAAUCUCCAUACAUUUAUUUUGAGGGCAUAUCUAAAACAAGAAACACACAAAUCCCAUCAGGAAUCUAAUAUGAGAAAUAAUUUAUCACAUUCGCCCAAAAAUGAUAUAUUUUUAGUCGUCAGUCAUUGCUCCAGUCGUCCCCUAGACUUUUAGCUGUUUUUGAAAGUUUUAGUGCCAUAGCCGAAAAGAAACUCCCUGCUUCACCUAACGUUUCUCAAUCAGGCUGGCCACGGGAUUGCUUUUUGCACUUGAUUUAAAAAGGCUCCGAAAAUAAGCGCUGCAACCCAAAUAGUGUAAAUCAUCAAUGAAAACCCUCCUCCUCCUCUUCUCUCAUCACCCUUUUUAGUCCAGUUCUGUAUAUGCUGUAUGUGUGUGUCUAUCAACUCCCUCUCCAUCGCAUGGUGGGUUGACCUCAGCCUUGCCUAUUUUUUUUUUUUAUACCUCUGUGUUUGCUUCUUUGAGUGUUUAUUAAUUAAGGUUGUAAUUGAGCACCUUCUAUCUGUGUAUCCUGAUGUCUGCUGUUAUUUCUCCUGAGAUGCAGCCCGCCACAACGCUGCAGAAGAGAUCCAUCUUUAGUACCGAGUCGCCGUGUGGCCGCGAAAAAUCUAGCAAGGGUGAUAUAAUGUCACCUGUUUCCAAUGCAGAUCCAUUUGUUUCAAUAUUUUUUUAAUGGAAAAAAGUGUCAUUUUCUUGGAUACAAGAAUUUACCUGCUUAUUGGCUUAUAAAGAUGGAUGUUUUUUGCAGGCAACCCUGUGACAGAUCAAUCAGCCUCAUAUGAGGGGUGAGGCGAGGCUCCAUCUGAAUAGGCUAAAGGGUUCUCCUCUCCUCGUCAUCUUUUGCUGUCCUGUUCCACAAUCGUCUGAACAGAGAGGCAAACCAUCCCCAAAUCUUAGUGUUUCAAUCAUGCUGGAGAGGAAGCUGUCAAGUGUUCAGGUGUAAUUGUAAAUCCCCCUUUGCUAUGGUGGAUACAGAGAUGGAGAAGGGGUCAGCUGAUGGUUAUGGGCUGUUGCUGAGAUGGUGAAGUGAACACACCAAGUUUCUUGGAGAUUCUCCUGUUGGUCAGCUUCCUUGAUGAGUGAUGAGAAUACAGACACCAAAAUCAUCCAUGCGUCCCUGGCAGAUCAUUGGCUCUCACAUUUUACAACAUGUUAAUUGAUAGUUAGCACAAUUUUAGCCUACACUAAGUGGAGUGACAGUAGGCUUCAUGCUCAUAAUUUAGAAUACACUACUCACAAAAAGUUAGGGAUAU